UCUAACUAUAAAGACUUACGUGAGUUUAGUAAUUUCAACUCUUUGCUUUAAUCUUUUUUGAAGUACAGUGUAAUAUCUGUGGUAUGACUUUAAUCUGUUACUGUUUGUUGUUGACAAAAUUAUUUUUUAUAACUUUUUUAAUUAAAUAUUAUUAUUAGAUAUUUUUCACAAUUCUUUAUUUUAAUAAAAUGAAAUUAAGUGUACCGUUUCAAGAAUAGAAAAGGAAAAUUCAAACAAUGGAAAACGAAGAGGACUGCAAAUGUAUAAAAAUUAUCGGACACCUGGAGGCCGUAAACUGGCUUUUGUGGCCCAGGGAAAACAGGCCUAGCCCUGGAUAUUUGUCGUUGGGCGAUUGGACAAAGGACCCAUACAUAUGGCUACACUAUGUCGAAAGUUCCGAUGGAGUAUUACGCGAAGAUCCAGUGUUAAUGAGCACCGAUACGCGCUACUGGUCUAUACACGACGUGCAACGAUACUUUGUCGGGGAUUUGCACUGUGAAAAAGUUUUAUUCACAAUUCAAUACCCCAACCUACGGAUGCCUACGCGGCAAGGGAGCUAUUUCUGGAAAGCCAACACCGCUCUGAAACUACCACCCAAGUUAUAUCAGAAAGAACUGAAUCUGACACUGGAAAUCACUUUGAAGAAAAUGGAAAGAGAGCAAUGCCAAAUGAACAAAAUCAUUGUUUCCGAUCAGUUAAUCAACAUCAACCGAUUCGACUACUUCAAAAGGAAAACUUUCUUCAGAAUUUUAGGAAACAUCUUAAGUUUCCAGGACAACUUGCAACUUGUCUCGUUCGAAAACCUGUGCUGCAAGCGGCUAGAAGGAGUCCAUCUUAUCCAGCAACUGGCCUGCUUCAACUCUCGUACUCUUAAAUACCUAUUCCUCUGGCGCUUCGUAUUGCCCAACGAAAAUCCCAUUCUUGUUAAUUACAGCUACAUCACAGGUAGUGGUCUAUACAUCCCUAGGCCUCCCACUAAACAGUGUUUUCUGCGAAGUUUGGGCGAACUAAGGCACUUGCGACUCUUGGCAUUGGAGUAUUGUUACAUCGCCGACGGAACGGGCGGCGCUCUUAUUGCACUGCUGCCGGUUAUAAAAAGACCACACUUUCGGCUUCAGUUGAUUUGCCGCGAAGAGCAAACUCCUGGACGAGCUGAUGCUGCUCUUGGAGUUGGUGGGUACGACAUCCCUGACACAGCCUGGCGGAGGGUCAGCAUCGCGUGCCCUGAUCUCUACCUGAUGAUGGCAUUCUUUCGAAUACGAGACUAUAACAACAUACGACGGUUUCUGUCGCCAAGUUUACCACUCAGGGAAGUCCAUCUACAACUCGGUAUAGAUUUAAAAACGAGGCAAAGGGAAGAUUCGGACUUGACAUGCUUCUUUCAGCAUAUGGCAUUCCACUUUGGAAAUAAUUUGGGGACUUUGAGCGUGCACCAGUGGCGGUUUACUACAUUCCCAUUGCGUCGAGUUUUUGAGCUGAUGCCGCAUCUCGUGCGCUUUAUUUACACGGGCUAUGUGGAGGACGAGGUCGACCUUAAACGUAUGCUCCAGAUGGUAGCUUGCGGAGUUUGCGACAGUAAGUGCUAA